AUGAAGGAAGGUCAAUCUGCGUAUCCAUCUACAGCUUUUCGCUGGUGGAUGAUGGCGUUCCCUGCUUUCCUGGUCUCUUUCUACGCCGUUCAAUUGAUAUACAGCACUCCACCAGGCGACGCUAGCGUGAAAGCACGUAUCCUGCCAUCGAUUUCUGGGUGGAUACAUAUCAUCGGUGGUGGCGUGGCAAUACUACUGGGUCCUUUUCAAUUCAUUGAGAGCAUUCGCCGAAAAUCCCCUUGGGUACACCGAUGGAUUGGCCGAGUAUACGUGGCAGCCAUAUUUGCCAGUGGCUUUAGUGGCCUUCAGAUUUCCUUUCGAAGCGUGGCAUAUUCCAUCGGUAGAUAUGGAUUUGCAGCUCUGGCUAUUGUCUGGCUGAUAACCAUGUUCAUGGGCGUUUUCACUAUCUGGAACGGUAAUAUUUCUGGUCAUCGGGAAUGGAUGACACGUAAUUUCUCCUUGACCUAUGCGGCUGUGAUGCUGCGCUGGCAACUUCCACUCUUGAUGGUUUCUGGUUUGACGGUAUCGGCUGCUUUGACGAUCACAGGGUUCUCUUGUUGGAUUCCAAAUUUGAUUUUCGUGGAAUGGUACAUUGGCAAUCGGAAGAAUCGGAAGUUUGCCAUUGAAUAA